UUGUUUAAUCUUUAGAAAUCUGUCUGAACCAUGUCCCGUCCGAGAAGCCGAGCAAUGGUUGCCUUGGUUUUGACUCUCACUGCGACCUCGCAUUUCUUCAAUCUUCGUUGUUUUGUUCGGCCUGGCGCUCGAUACACGACACACCCAGCAGGUCGUAGCCAUGUGCGCUACGCUUUUCCUGGAGGAGAGAGCGUAGCAGCAGCUAUCGCCACUGGCUUUGAAGCGGUGGAGAACUUCAACAAAAUGGGGCAGUCCGCUGAUUUGAUUCAAAAGUGGUCGUCAGUGAUGCCCGGAGCAGAGUUGAAGCUCGAGGUCGACAAAAGCACCGACGAUAAUAUCGUCUUGAAGCAUGUGGAAAAACUUUGCGAAGAGAUCGCGCUUGCCGUAGACAACCACAAAACAAUUUCAGUCCUGGGGAUUAGUUCUCAGCGGCAAGCCAAUCUGGGUACGAGGGUAGUAGAUGAUACUCCAUUCCAGAAGCUGAUGACAAAAGUUCUGGCCGUCAAUCGAUCAGGGUGCACAGCUGUGCAUGCUGAGCCUGGGAUGGGCAAGUCCAUCGCAUCAUUGAGGGCACUGCCAGCUGGCAGAGUGUCCAAGAAUUACACAGUGCUGCUUGAUGGUGGCUUUCGCGCGGAAAUGAUGAGAUUCUUCAGGGUCAGCAGCUUCGAAUUGGUUGUUAGCGUUGCCCGCAUGGUUUUUCCAGCCCUCACGCAAGCUGGUGUAAGCAUGAACAUGAUUUUUGAUAACGGCGUCGAAGACGAUGAAGACUUCCACAAGUCGAGGGCUGAAUGGAUUUUUUUGCUGAAAGCAGCCUACGAGUCCAGAAGCCUUAGCAAUGAAGAUUGGUAGUCUGAAUGGUGAGAGAUCGCGAGUAUCUGCAGAACAAGAAACGCCAGAAAAAUACAGGUGGGCGAAGGAACAGGCACGUGAAUACCUCGGCUAUUUGUUGGAAGCUCGAAACAUCCCACCUGAAGCAGUCGGUGUGGAGAAGUUUCUUUCAAGCUGCUCGAUACCAGAUGUUUAUGGGGGAUGGAAGCCAAUAGCAAUGAGCAACUA